AUGUCCAAACCGUUUACAAGAAUCGGGUUUGUGAACCAGGUACGAAAUUUCGAGGCUGCGUUCAACUCGCCGUAUUUCGGUAAAUGGGGAUCGAAGAUCGGGUUCGAACGGGCCGUCACCAAGGAUAUUCUUCAAAAACUCGACUUGGAAAGUCAGUACGAGGACCCUAGCAAUGAACUGAACAUUGUGGACCACAACACCGGGUUCAACAGCUUCACUUACGAGCUGAACCAGCAUUUGAUGCCAAGGAUGCACUUGAUUCUGCCCGAAAACGCCACUCUACAGAAGUUCUGGACUAACGUCAAAAACCACGAUCCAAAAUGCUCAAGUAUGUAUCUUUUGGAUGCAGACCCUAAAUCUAUCAGACAUUUCGAUACAGAGGCUCUUGUCAACAACGGUACAUUGUCGUUGAGGAAAGAAACCGAACAUGAGGUCAACCAGACCUUGUUGUUGACCGGAUCGUAUCUACAAGCUUCAGAAAAGCCGAAAGUCCGCAGUAUGCUUUACUUCAACCAGAUGAGUCUGUCGUGGUUCAAAUACCAGCGUGUGAAAUCGCUGUUUUGGCUAAGACCCAAAGACUGUAUCAAAUAUCUCGGUCUGAUGGGAACAAGAUUCAGACAGACCAAUUCGGUGGUGGCUGCAGCGUUCAACGAUAUCAAUAUGAUUGCCUGCAGCAACUCUGCCAAGUCCAAGACGGUGGAAAUGGCCAUGGAGCAGUAUAAAGAUGUGAUCAGAUUACCCAACGUGCCUGGUCAGGAAGACCUUGUUCUGGUUGAGUUCCAAUCCAACCACGACAAACACUCAAUCUACAGUUUGCCCGACUUCACUCUGGUGGUGCACAAGUUGUUCAUGAUCCCAAGCAGCACGUUGUCCAAUAACUUGCAUUUCCUCGGCCCUGGAGCCGACGAAUACUUCCACGAGGUGCUCCCAAGAAACAUGCUGAAAACCAAAGUUUACAGUCUGGCAGUCAAAGAUCUGGUUUUUGUGGCCAAUAUGUUCUAUAGAUGGCCGUUCAAGCCCAACACAGACCUCGAGCUGUACCUGGAGUCGGACAAAAGUUAA